UAUAAAGUUAAAUUUGUCAUGUAUUGAUUAUUGAAUGAAUAUUCGUUGUUUAAACAUAUUAAAGUACAGUAAUCUGCAAACAAAAUGUCGAUUAAAAAGACUAAAGCAGCAACAAAGGGUGCUAAACAGAUAGUCGAAGAGAAUAAAAUAACAUUAAGUUUCUACCAGAAUAUGAUUAUUGGAGCAUUAGGAAUAUAUUUUACUGUCAUGAUGUUGUUUUUUAAUUUUACAACAUUAUCAAUAACAUUAACUAUAUUUUCUGGUAUUGUAUAUAUAGCAAGUUAUCAAUUUAUGAAAUACAUAGCACAAACAACAUACUCAGAGUCUGGUCAGCUAUUAGAUUCUGGAAUUGAUCUUAACAUGGAAGGAGGUAUAGGAGAACAUGUGAAAGAUUUAAUUAUAUUAACUUCAGGGGUACAAGUACUAUCUCUUAUAUCAAAUAAUAUUUGGUUAUUAUGGCUUCUUGUACCAUUAAGGGGAGGAUGGAUGCUAUGGAAACAGAUACUAGCUCCAUGGUUCUUUGCACCUGCUCUAGAGCAACCUGAGAUUAGUGAAAAGAAACAACGAAAAUUGGAGAAAAAAAUGGCUAGACGACAUUAAUAUUUUACUCAGGAAUAAAAAUACGUACUAAACAAUUAUUUGAGAAUUAUAUGGGUGUGGGAUAGAUUCAAGGAAGAUUUUAUGACAUAAGAUUGCCAAUUACUUGGUCUUUGUUUUAACUUGCUUUGUUUCAUAGCCUUUCUUAUAUUUAUGAAUAGGCUACUUUUCGUGUUUUUUAUAUAAAUUUUUGUAUAAAUUAUACAGUCAGCUUUUUAGAAGUUGGAUAAUAUUUAUAAGCUCUAUUAUGGUAAUUUUGAAAACUGUUUUUCAUUGUUCAAGAAAGAAAGUGAAUGAGAAGGUUAAUAGAAAAAUAAAUUUUAUAAUUUUUAACGUUA